AUGACGCACGCCGCUACUCUGCUUUCUGUCAUUUUCACAUCAUCUCUCCUGCUGUGGACCGCAGCUGGAGACUCGAUCCUCUGCUCCUGGACCGAAGUUUCAGAAAACGAAACGUACAUCAUUUAUUUCGUGCGCUCGGACCCGUCAGCCUCUCCGUCUCUGCGCCUUUACCAAAGCCUCUGGUCCGCGGAGCGCGCGCUGCUCAGCUGCACGUGGACCGACGACGCGGGGCUGAUCCAGGACUAUAAUAAGUCCGCGUGCCAGGAGCGCACGCAAGAACUGAAGGCGCAGCAGAACGCAAGUUUUGACUUGGAGUUUGUGUUUGCGCUCGAAGAGCCGUGCGAGUCUCUGAGCUCCCUGUGGGGCGCGCUGGAAGAGAAGCGCCUGCAGAGGGCGGACAGCACCUUGAAGGUAAAGGAUGAAAGGUCAAAGGUCAGCACAUAUGUCCGCGUAAAACGACACUUUCUUCCACCGACGCUCUGGUGCGGCCCUGGCACCAUGGCAACUUCAUACUCACAAUUGGGUUUCUUUGCAGAAGCCGACAAAUGCUGCCGCGAGCAUGACUACUGCAAAUAUUACAUCCCCCCUUAUCAGUCAGCAUACGGUGUCUGGAACUCCCAGAUGUUUACCAUUUCUCACUGUGACUGUGAUGAGAAGUUUCGCAAAUGUCUGAUAGAGGCCAAACACUAUGUGGCUGACAUCAUGGGGAACCUGUUCUUUAACGUGCUGAAGGUGAAAUGCUUCAAGCCUGCGGAGAAGAGGAAAGCUGUUCUCCAGUCGCCUGCAUGCUACCGUUUCGCCGAGGAGCAAUGUCACGAAGAGAGAUCAAAGCAAAAGAAAAAAUGGCAGAAAAAAUACAGACACUGAACUGAAAACACAUGAACCUGCUUUGAUUUGUCUUGUCCAAAAGAAGCAAACCUGAAUUUUCAGUAAAUGGAAAAAGGAGCAAAAAAGAAUAUAGGUGUACUGGUGCACACUAACAUGUUAGUCAAUUCAAGAUUCAACAAAAAAUGCUAUUUUACAGAUUAACUUCCAUCUGAGAAACAUUUCAUACAGUGUGUCUACGUUUGCUUUCAUCACUGUAAAUCAAUAAUGGAAAAUACACAAAUGGUUGUCGUAAC